AAUGAAACAAGCCAAACAAUAAGGAUAAGCACAAUAUGAUGUAUUGAAAGGAGCAAUCAAAGGUAGUUAUCUUUUAUAUUUCUUCAAUUAGGAUAGGUAUGUACUAGAUUUCCACCUGAACCAUCUGGUUAUUUACAUAUUGGUCAUAUAAAAGCAUCUGUAUUGAAUUAUAGAUAUUCCAAAAUGUAUGAAGGCAAAAUGUUAGUACGUUUUGAUGAUACAAAUCCAUCAAAAGAGAAGGCUGAAUACUAAGAUGCCAUUUUAGAAGAUUUGAAAACUCUUUAAAUAGAGUGGGCAAACUUAUCACACUCAAGUGAUUACUUCGACCUUGCAGAAGAAAAAGCAAGAUUUUUAAUUAAAAAAGGAUUGGCCUAUUGUGAUAACACAGAUAAAGAAACUAUGAAGAAAGAAAGAUUUGAUGGUAUUGAGAGUGUUAAUAGAAAUAAAUCUGUGGAAGAGAAUCUUGAGAAUUUUGAUUUAAUGUUAAAUGGAAAAACAUUUGAUUAUUGUUUAAGAGCAAAAAUUGAUAUGAAGGCUAAAAAUAAAUGUAUGAGAGAUCCAGUACUCUAUAGAACAAACUAAACACCACAUCAUAGAACAGGUACUAAAUAUAAGGCAUACCCAACUUAUGAUUUUGUUUGUCCAAUUUUAGAUAGUGUUGAAGGAGUUACACAUGCUAUGAGAACUAACGAAUAUUCAGAUAGAAUAGAAUAAUAUUAAUGGGUAUAAAAGGCAUUAGAAUUAAGACCAGUUGAAAUUUAUGAAUUUUCAAGAUUGAAUUUUGUUAAUACUUGUUUGAGCAAGAGAAAACUUUAAGAAUUUGUAGAUUAAAAGGUUGUAGAAGGAUGGUAAGAUCCUCGUUUUCCAACUCUUAGAGGUAUCAUUAGAAGAGGAAUUACAGUUGAAACAUUACAUGAUUUUAUGUUAGAAUAAGGACCAUCAAAAAAUGCUAAUCUUUAAACUUGGGAUAAGCUUUGGGCUAUCAAUUUUACAAAGAUAGAUCCUAUUGCUCCAAGAUAUACAGCUGUAGGAAAGGAAGGAAUUUCAAUUUUGACAAUUUCAAAUUAUCAAGAUUAAGGUGUUAAUGUAGUUACAGUUCCAUAACAUCCUAAAAAUAAUGAAUUAGGCACAAGACCUUUAUUCAGAAGUAGCCAAUUGUACUUAGAAGCAUAGGAUGCUAAAGAUAUUAAAGUUGAUGAGAAAAUAACAUUAAUGAAGUGGGGUAAUGUUAAAAUAACAGAAAAAAAGGAAGUUGAUGGAUAAAUCUUAUUGACUGGUGAAAACUUACCAGAUGAUAAAGAUUUCAAAACAACCAAUAAAUAUACUUGGCUUGCUAAAGAUACUCCAAUUGUAAAUGUAGAUUUGGUUGAAUAUGAUCAUCUUAUUAAAGUUAAAACAAUUGAAGAACAUCAUAAAUUUGAGGAUUAUUAUAAUCCAAAUAGUAAAUAUGUUACAGAAGCAUUAGCCGAUGCUGGAAUUAAGACACUUUAAGUUGGUAAAUAUAUUUAUUAAAAAUUAUUUAGGAUCCGUAUUAUAAUUUGAGAGAAGAGGCUUUUUCAGAAUAGAUAAAAUUAUUGGAGAUAAAUAUGAAUUGAUUUAUAUUCCUGAUGGUAAAACUAAAGCAGCCAGUAUAUAAACCAAAUUAGAUUUGAAAUCUGUUCAAACUGGAACUGUGGAUGAAUAAAAGAAAGAAUAAUAAUAAGAAUAAUAAUAAGAAUAAUAACCAAAAUAAUAAUAAUAAUAGGAAUAACCAAAUCCAGAAAGCAAAAAAUAAUAAAAAAAAUUAGAAGCUGAGAAGAAAAAAGCUGAAAAAAAGGCUGAGAGACAAGCAGCACAAUAAGCAGAUAAAAAAGAGUGA